GGCGCGCGUUGGCGGCACCUGUGUGCCGGCCUGGUCGUAUCCUGCCGAGCGAAGGGGCUGAGGUGCGGUUCGUGAGAGGGGCGGGAGCUCGGUGACUGUUAGUAGUAGAAAGUUUCUUACGGUUCAGGUGCUAUCUGCUUGCCGCUGAAGCGUCUGAAAAGAUUUAUUUACAAACCAGGUUAAGUAUCAAGGCCUGAGACCGUCUGUGAGCUUGGCUGGUAAAUCCCUGGAUCAGCACGUUUUCAAUGCCAGAAGAACAAAGUCAAACUAUAAUGGCAGUCGAUGAACUUCAAGCCAUAAUACAAAGAUGUCAAAUUCUGGAAGAAAUUGAUUUCAAAGGAGAAGAUUUUAAUCUGUUUCAAGUAGCAGGUCAGAAAUGUUUAGAAGAUGGGUACGCAGCUCAGUUAUUAGAAAUAAUUCAAAAUGAAAAAAAUAAGGUUAUCAUCAAGAAUAUGGGUUGGAAUCUCAUCUCUCCUCUUGUUAGAUGUAUUUUCAUGUAUAAACAGGAAGAUGAUAAGCGAGAACACUGCCUGAAGAUACUAGAUCAGUUGGCACAGCUAUGCAAUCCGAAGGAGCUUUUUUUGGGUUUACUUGAGCAGAUUGAACAGACAUCUGGAGAACAAGUGUGCCAGACUGUCAUGUUACUGCUUCAGCCUUUGCAGACAGUGCUUUUGAAACUUCAGAACAAGAAGGCCUACUCAGUGGGUUUAUCUUUGGCCAUGAUUAUGAAUCAGCUUACUCCCUUACCUGUACCUUACACAAAACAACAAAUACAAGAAGAUAAACUUGGUCUCUGUCAAUGUUGUAAUGCAGUGGUGCACUUUGCAAAACCUUUCGUGAAUGAAGUUGUUAAAAACAUGGAAGAGUCAUCGGAAUACAAUGACAUGGAGCUGAAAGAAGAAUUAUUAAAAUUCUGUAUGAAAAGCCUGAAAUACCCAUUAUUGACAGCUCAGCUUGAACAACUUGAAGGCAUUGAAGAACACCCCUUGCGGCAUUUUGCAACUGAAAUUAUAGACAUUUUGUGGAAUGUAAGAGAAUUGAUACCGUUACUGUUUUUACAUCGUAAAGGCAAAAGUCCACACUGGGAGAAUCAGGAGUUUGCGGACAUAGAGCAAAAGAAUUCUGCAGAUUCUUUGGCAUGUCUGUCAUAUCUGAUGUUUGUUCAGCAUUUUGGUAUUGAUUGCUUUCCAAUGGUAUUUAGUCCAUCAUACCUUCUGCAGUGUAACAUGAUGCAUGUUGAAGUGCUACUGAAAAGAACAGAAGAAUCUAUGUUAUCUAAAGGACUUGAUCUGUUUGAGAACUCUUUAUUGAGAAUGGAAGAUAAUAGCCUUCUCCAUAAGUAUUUAGAAUUCAGAGAUUUUAUUGACGUACCUCAGGAUUUGGUGAAAGUUAUGACACUUUGUCCCAUAGAGCAUCUGAGAAAGAAGAGUUUAAAUAUUUUGCAGUUGUUCAUAGACAAGUUUGACGCAGAAGGAAAAUACACAUUAUUCAGGUGUUUACUGAAGACAAGUAACCAUGCUGGUGUGGAAGGAUACAUUAUUAAAAAUAUAAAAGAUCAGAUUCACUUAGCGUUAACGAAGUCAUGUGGCAACACUUGGUUUACAGGACACCACCUGGUCUCCCUUCUAGAUUUAGUGCUUUUGCUUCCAGAAGGUGCCGAGACAGAUCUUCUGCAAAACUCAGACAGGAUUAUGGCGUCACUAAAUCUACUGAGAUACUUGGUCAUUAAGGAUUGUGAAAGUGAUAAUCAAACUGGUGUAUGGACCGCACUUCCGAAGAUUGAGCAAAAUUUUUUAAAACCACUGCAUGUAGGACUCAAUAUGUCAAAAGCCCACUAUGAAGCAGAAAUAAAGAAUAAGAAAGAAAAUAGAAGAGAGACACACAGUUCUAACACAGUUUGUUCUCUAACUGUUAGUGGGGAAAAGAUGCCUGCCAUGACUACUGAAAUGCAGCUUCAGGUUUUACACUCAGCUCUCUUCACGUUUGAUUUAAUAGAAAGUGUUCUAGCUCGAGUAGAAGAACUCAUUGAAGUGAAAAUAAAAGCUGUAAUGGAUGAAAAUAGUUAGGUCAGCUGGAGUAUUUAAAUUAACGUACUUCUUACGAGAUCAUUUUGACUAUAAGUCUUCAGUUGGAAAGGAGGCUGCCAACCUUUAAAGAAGAGCAAUUUAGAGUAGCCUCUAGAGGAAUUGCAAAUGCUGCUCUUUAUAAGUAUUGUUGCUGGUAUUUUCUUAUUUUGUUUUGCUGUUGUUGUAUGGGAUUCACAGAGAUGGCCUAUUUACUAAAGUACUCCUCUUCAGAAUUUGAUGCUUUUCCUUAAGUUUAUAAACUAAAACCAAGGGUGGAUUGUUUGGGGUUUUGGUUUUUUGGGUGUUUUUUUUGUUCUUAUGCUGUGGCAAGGAGGUAUGGCUGUGUGUUAUUUUUUCUGUUAAUUUUCAAAAUUUGUUAGAUAAUAGUUGCUGACUGCUGUUGUGAGUUACAAAGAUUUUUAUGAAGUUACUGGAGAACCAUUAACUAAAAAGCACUGUUUAAGCACAAGGUAUUUUUGUUAGCACUUUUAAAUGUUGACAAACAAGCUUCUGUAUUUACAAACAGGACUGUAAGGUAUAGAUAGAUAAUAGUAGAAACACUAUGGCAAAGGAAGCCAGGUUUAAAGAAAAACAAAUCAACUUUGAACCAAAUAAGAUGUUAAAACUUAUUAACAUAAAGCCCCACAUGCUGUAUAAGAUUUCAUACAUAUACCUGUUCAUGCAUGGGAAACCUGUAUUUUGGAAUCAUUUUGAUCUUCAUUAUCUUUAUUGAUAAAGUUUUAAGAUACAUUAAAUAUUUGGGAUAUUGGGAAAUUAUUGUAAACAAAUGAACUCAUAAAUUCAGAAGCAAGUUAAAAAUAAGGAUCCCUUUUCUAUAGUGCAGUUAAACCACUUUUUAUUUUCCUUCAAAUGCACAUUUGGUAUAAUGUAUUCUAUUUUACCUAUAUAGUUUUUGAUAUACAUUUUCAUUCCAAAUGCAUAAUUUGUAUGUAUAAUCUUUUGAAAUGUAACUGUCUUUUUAAGAACAUUCCAUAUUUUAUAUAAAAUGUAGCCACUCUAUUUAUGAAUAAAACCCCCAAAUACUAAAUUAAUUACAAUGCAACUGGUACUCCUGAAGCAUCUUCCAAACAGGACUGUUUUCUAUUAUUUGGGCUUUUGUCAUUGCCAUUUUGUAACGAAUAUCAUCUGCUCGUGGCUUGGAAGUUACCUUAGAAGAAAGAAAAAUAUUAUGAGUAGGACACAGCAACUCUAGGUAAUAGAACAUCUAUUUUUCAAAUAGUAGAAAUGUAAGAUUAUUCAGCAGUAAAAUUUGAAUCAUGUUUUCUGAAGUAGAUAUUUAGGAAUGAUGUACACAGAUGUCAUUUGAUGUAUGCCUUUAGGUGCAUGACCAGUCUUAAAAUAACCAGUCCCAUCAGCACUGCAUUUGAUUAUCUGGAUAGUAUUUCAACAGGACUUGGGUAUGGUAGCUCAGGAUUAGAGUAUUUCUCCCUUGGCCAUGCCUGUUAACCUGCGGCAAAAAAGUUCAUUUUGUAAGCCCUAUACCAGUUAGGAAUUCUCUGACAAAAGGUGAGCUCAUUAAACUGGCUUUGCACUGCAAAGGGUAAGAAAUAAUGCAAUGGCAAGCAACAGAUUUGUGAUAUGUACUAUUAUUACUUCUUAUGGGCCUGUCCUGUUGAUGUUUGGUGUCAUUCUGAAGAAGCAGAAAAGCAAAUUCAAAUUUAUAGGAUCAGCAAUAAUCUUAGAAGCUUUUAGGUUAAUGAGGUAUUAAGAGACUGGGCCAGACAUCAGUAGAUUCCAUAAAAAGUUCAAGUACAAUGUUCAACAUUGGAGUAAGUGACAACUUUUGCCAUAUAAUAAGUGAGGGAUAGCUUACACACUCUUAAAAUGAUGAAUACUCUGAAUAGGUUAAUGCUUAUUAUUUUGAGAUUCUCACUUCAGGAAUGGCUAAAAUGUAAAUCCGUAUUUGAUUCCUAACAUGUCAUUCGACUUGCUCUUUUUAUUUUUGGUACAUGGCAGGCUGCUAGUAUCUAAGUUAGAAUUUUAAUGGAAAAAUGUUCUUUAACGAGGUUCAGUAAAUAGAUUUAAUUAAUAAUUUGUUGAUGCAUACCAGAUGUGUUGUAGAUACACAGAUAAAAUACACUCAACUUGUAGAAAUAUACUAGUGUGCACAUCAUUAAAAAAUCCACAAGUAGAGCUUUCAGAUUGGCAUUUUUAAUUUACAUUGAAGUUCUCUCAUAUUUAGAUCUUGUGCUGGUUCUGCACUAGUAAAUGAAGUGAAGCCAUCCUGACUUAACAGUGGUAAAUUAGAGCCAAAGUAGCUCCUAAAUAUCUAAUUUGUCUUCAUAGAUGCUAUUAAGAUCUUUUGAAGUUAAGUUUAACAAUGAAGUCUCUGCUAAAGAAUCAGAGUAACAGCCCUAUUUCAAUGCAUUACAUGGAUUGCGGUCAAUAGGACCCAAAAAGUUCCAUUAAGGAAAACCAAAUAUUUUAUAGUUCCUGGCUUUUCCUGGCUAAUAUGCUUCUGAAGAGCUAAUAUUUUAAAGUAUACGCAACUAGACUUACCUUAGCUAUAGUUAGCAUUAGCUUAACAGUUUCAGCAGUAUUAUGAGCUGGUAUUAUACGUAGAUUACUGCCCAGGAAUCUGCACAUCAAAAUAAAUGAAGGGUAAGAGUACUUUUAGAAUGAACAUUUAACUUGUUAUGCCAUAAAACUCCCACAUGAUAUAAACAACUUCCUACUGUGCCUCAGCACAAGUACAUAGAAGAUUGCUUUUAUCUUUAAAGGCAACUGGAGAGUUCAUGCUGUUUGUAUAGCCAUCUGUCCCGUUUCUGUACCAGUUGUUUAGUUGGGAUUUGGAAGGGGCUCAUUUCUUUUCCUAGGGCUAUUUGCCAAUCAAUCAACACUUCUUAAGCAUGUGUACAUUUGGAUAAUUAAACUCUCUUCUGCUAUAUUGUUGAAGACUGUCUGUUCUCAGUGCCAGUAAAAAAUGUUUGGGUUUUUUUAAUGGCUUUGGAAGAACACAGGAAAGUAUCUAAAAACACUGUGCUAAAAAUACUUUGGAAUUUGAACUAAAUCUUUUAGUGUACUAUCUAAAUAUAGCAAUCUGUAGGUCGGAUGCGAUUAAGAUAGCAGGAUAUUCUGCUACAGAUUUCAUGCAAAGACUUGUUAAUUCAAAUAAUUUAACCUAAAAUUCAUUCUUUUUCUAUAAAUAAUGUUAUUCAUUUGCAUUCAUUCUCGAGAAUGGAAUGUGAAGACAUAUUAGUAUCAGUUGUCAUUUAAGGCAGUCAUGGAAGAGAGAGACAUGAAAGCUUAGGCAAGUACAGAGCCUCUCCUUAAGACUUCUCUCUUAAGUGUUUGUAACAAUGACAACAGUUAGCAUUGCUGCCAUUUUCUGUUGUAGAGCUAAAACAUGAUGGGGAUUAACAACAACAAAUGAGGAAUUUUAAAUAAUAAAAGAUUAAUCCAAAUGAAGUGCCCAGCUGCUCAACUGUAUACUCCCCUGUGACCACCCCUUGUGACUACCACCUGUUCUUGCCCUCAAUCUGUUUGAUGACUUGGACUCAUUCGCAUUAAGGCCCAUGCUGGUCAGAUACCUGAUCUAAACUUGGCUGCCCGUUCUAAUUAGCAAAAAUAGGUGUUAUAGGCUGUGGCCUUCCCUAAGAGUAGGUACUCGGGUCACUGUUGAGUUUUACUAAAAUCUGAUGGAGAAACUGUGGUUUGAUUUACAUUUAGGGAUUAGGGAAAUAAAUAGAUGUGACUUUGCUAAUACUAGCAAUGUGCUAAGCAAAGCAUGAAUGAAUGAGGUGCAACAAAGAAAUAAUUACAUGUACUUGCCUAGAUCCAUGAAAACCCCAUUUCUAUCAAUAAUUUUGCUUCCAAUUACAGCAGGUCUAAAUUUAGUUUGUGUUUCAUCAAUUUGAUCAAUGGGCAGAAUAGUGGCCAUUAGAACACAGGGCUGGUCUUUGCUCCAAGGUGUUUUGAAAAUUAACAUACAGAUUUACUGAGGAUAUUAGUGUCAUGCUCAUUUGAGCACUGAUGAUAAAGGUUGCUUUUAUUCUGCUUCCCCCAUGAUAUAUACAACCCUACAUAAAGCGUUCAUGUUGUUGAACAACAAUCCGAUAAUGUUCUUGUUAAUAAUAAUAAAAAUCCUCCCCCAACUGAAACAAAACCAUAGAUAAGCAGAAAGAAACAGUAAUAUAGGAAGACCUGAAAAUACCAAGGGGCUUUGGUUUUUUGACAGAUCUAACAAGUGACUUGUAGUUUGAAAGCAUAUGGCACAGAUUUCAACCCCACCAAUGCAAAAGCUCAGUCAGUAAUUUCCAUACUACAGCAGAACUCCAAGCUGCAAGGUAGUAAAAAAGCACGUGCAUCUAAAAUAUAAUUGUGCCUCAUCAACAUGAAUUUGGUAUGGCCUGCAAUGACAAAACUAUUAUUUUUAUUUUAAUAAAGUUACUGACUUGCCAAAUGGAAUAUAGUUUUAAACCAUCACAUUUGUUAGUGAUGAACACAUGCACAACAUCCAUUGCACAUAAACACAAAGGAGAUAGAGAAUUGGCAUUGCCAUCAGCUGAAUAACAUGUUCUUGCUGAAUGGUGGCAGAGCUUUUAAGACCUCUCAUGAAAAUUUAUGGAAUUUUCACAAAUGGGUAAUAGAUUUCCUACAUUUCAUCCCAUACACUCUGGUAGUCAUCAGCAUUUGGCAGUGUGCCCAGGAUUUAACGGAACUGGUGCUAGUUUCAAGGAGGUAAAGAUCAAAGACUUCUAUAGAAUAGUCACUUCUUUGAUGUCAAGAGUGAAAAUAACUGCAGUUAGGACUACUGUAUCUACCAGAAAAUGCUUCUGACUGCAUGUUUGGAGCACAAUCUGAUAACUGUUGUCAGCAGGUAUGUACUAAAACAUGCAAGUUUUCAGGCUUCAUUGGAAAUCACAGAUAAUGUUUUAAACAAACAGCUUUGAUGUCCGGUGUUACACUUUUGCUAUAAAAUAAUAUUAUUUCAAUUGUUGUAGUUCUGUAUAAUACACACUGUUCCAAGUAAACAUUUUAAAAGCUGAUAAAUAAUCUGUACUUUACAAUAUAGCCUUUUCUCAUGAAGGAAACUUGCUUGUUUUGUUUUGAAAAUGGCUGAAAAGUGCUGACAAGAGCUAAGAAAAUUGCCUGGUUUUCCAGUUCAAGAGACAACUUUAAAAAGAAUUACAUUACAUAGCCCUAAAGUGAUUGAAAGGGAUGUUAUUUGCUCUCUUUUGCAGAAAGUCGUCUUUUGUUACCUAUGACAUAUCAGACUGAUUCACUUGGUAUUCUUUGCCAUUAAUAAACAUAUGCUUUAAAUAAUU